AUCGGGUAGUACUGACUAAAUUUAUUCAUUUCCGGUGUUCUUGAAGUCAAAUUUGUUUUGGAAUUUUUGCCACAACUUGAUUUCUUUCCCCAUUCUAAUAAAGGUUUCAUUAUGCACCAUGAUGUUCAAGGUUUAAUUACAAAGUUUACCAAUAAGACUAAUGAUGGUCUAAGAGCAGCUUGUAAAAAAUGUGGCUAUGCUGGACAUUUAACCUUUCAAUGUCGUAAUUUUAUCAAGGCUGAUCCUGAAAAAGAAGUCGUUCUUGAUAUUAGCAGCACCAGCUCAGAUUCUGAUGAUGAAAACUUUAUAUCCCCACUUUCACAACUAAAAAAAGAUGAAAACAGUCAAAAAGUGAAAAAGAAGAAGAAACAUGGCAAGGAAAAGAAAAAGAAAAAAGAAAAAAAGAAGCACCGUUCAAGAUCACCAAUAAAAAAGAAAAAGUCUCAUAGUAAAAAGAAGAAAAAAAAGAGGGAAAGUGAAUCAGAAGAUGAUGAUUCAGAUGGAGGUAGCUCACUGGAUAGUGAUGAUGAUGAUAGUGAUAACAGUGACUCAGAUUCUCGUAGGCACAAAAAAAGCAGAAAACAUAAAAAACACAGAAAAUCCAGAAAAAAGAGGGAAAAUAGGCAUGCCGAGGAUUCUGAUAGUGAUGAUACAGAUACAGAUUAAAAAGACUGUCUUGUUUAAAAAUGGAAUAUAAUAUAUUUGACUCAAAUAAGCAUUAUUACAUGUCAGUGUACUUCUCUCUACAUGGAAUUUUUGUGAAAAAGUUAUUGUCCAAGUUUCUGUUAAGAAUGGGCGUCAUUGCUUAAGGAAUUCUCACCAGGCGUCGCUAGUCAAUUCCUGGUUUCGAGUGACAUUAUCAAUCGUAAGAGAACUGUAUUUCGACGUAUCGUGAUCACAUUCCAUAUUAACGACAAAAACUAAUGUUUGUCAACGCGCCAGUUCGUAAUGAAUGUACAGGAAAACAAUUACUGUAAGGUAAAUAAUGAGGUCACAUCCUCUAUGAUGUCACCUAUCAAUUAUACCCCUUUAUCUCUUGCGACAUGUCUACGAUAUCACCCUUGGUGGAAGUGGACGUAAAACUCCAGGAAUGAACGAACUCGAGUGAGGGCGCCCAUUACUUUUGUAUGUUAUAUUGGUAUAAUAUCACAUUCCAUGGAUAUAAAUUUAUAUGGCCCCAUUUUACUGCCCACUGGGUGCUUAUUCAAAUAUGGAUUUUUAAAUGAAAUCUGGGUCAACCAGGCACUUAUUUAUUCCAUUAUAUGAUAGGGUGAUGUUUAAGAUGGCCCACACAUCACAAAUAACAGUUAACAUGUAGCUGAUCGUUAUCGUCUCGUGGUGAUGUACAUGUAUUCAAUCACAUUGAACAAUCAAACUGCCAUGCACAACCAUGGGUUGAGAAUGAUCUGACUGGAUAAAAAAGACCUUGAACCAAAAAUUAAACAAACCUAUAUAAGGAAUGGGGAUGUGUCUGGAUACAUGCAGCUACUAGUUUCUAUGGAGAUGUAUUGAAGACAAUAUGAUAUAAACUAAACGGUAUUAAAUGAACAACCAGGCAUAUUGCAUCAUUAGAGUUUUAGUUCUGUUGUCUCAUCUACAUUAUUUAGUUAUUCAUGAAAUUUUUAACACAAAGUUAUAUUCCAUUUAGAGGAUUCCAUAUUAUUAUUAUUAACCCAUUAGCAUUUGGAAUGUGUUAAUAUUGAAAAAAUUAAACAAAAAUGAUUUUUUUUUUUUUUAAAAUUGAGGUUCCUAGCUUAUUUUCCAAAAUGCCCUGAAAGUACUGUUUCCCAGAAUCAAAACUACUAGUUUCAGACGCUAGAGUUGGUAGUUGUUUCAGACGCUAGAGGGUGUAGUAGUAGUUUCAGACAAUGUAGGGCUGUAGAGGGAGCAGUAGUUUCAGACGAUUUGGGGCACUUACUGGAGGAGUAGUUUCAGGUAUUUUUGGGAUGGUUCAAAUGCUAAUGGGUUAAAUCCUUCCCCAUCUUCAUCAGCCGCAAAAAGGCAGACUUACAUUACUUAGAAUCAAAUUAUAUUUUAUUUCAUUUUCAUUAAACUGUCACCCUGUCAUAGAACAAGCUUUUAUUUCAUUUCAACUCAUUAUCCAUUUAUUACAAUACAUUAUUAUCAUUAUUAAUCUUUCAUCAUGUGGCAUUAUGUAUAUGAACUCAAACUUUUAUUUUACAAAGGAUGAUCAUGUAAUUUUUAAUUCAAAUUAUAAAUGUGAAUGUGAUAUAC